CGCACCUCCGAGGCUCCGCCAAUCCGAGAGGAAACCGGCUUCUCUUGAACCCAGAUGGCUUCUGCUGAUAUAUAACCCUCACGUCUGGGGCUGAUACAAUAGUCGAAGGAGAUAACUUAUGGGUGUCGUCAUUUAGACAAGCUCGAGGAGAAGCAUCCUUUUUCUAUACGUAAUCAAGGCGCAAAGAAACAACGGACACUCUUAUCUUUUUUGAAUUGUAUAAAGAUCCAGACUAUUUAUUUGGUGAGUCAUUAUUCAUUUUAAUGUAUUACGUUAAAUUGGGAUUUUAUUCACAUUUCUUGAAGCAGAAUUGACAGUUACAUGGGAGAACAUUUAGUUUUUUAUUCUGACGCAAAUUAGGACUUUUAUUUUAAGGGCGUAUUAUAAAUAACGUUAUUAUAGACACUGUGGCUUAUUGCUAUUACUUCUCGAAACUAGCAAUCUAGUAGAAUUAAAGCAACUCGAUCGAUUCCACUGUUGGCACAACUAAUCUUCGCGCAAAAAAAUGUAUCCUAAGCAAAUAAGAAAACAGAGAGAAGAAGAAAUAACACUAAUGCUUGAAAUGAAACCUUGCCAAUGUGGCUUAUAGCCUUUCGCUUAUGUGGCAUAUAUACUGGGGUUUGUUCGGUAUAGGCUUUUCCAAUCACUCCCGGGACACCGUUCAUAUGACCCAGGGUGAGGAGUAGCCCAAAGCCCGGCAGAUGGCGAUAUUGAGUAGUUUCAUCUUACCGUCCAAAGGCAAUGCAUGCAGCCGGCUAUACACUUAUCCCCCGUGGACCAGUUCCUUACAUAAAACAUUCUCCGUUCAACUACAAAGGCAUCGAUUUCCUCAACUGGAUUUAAUGGGGAGAAGGCGGGAAAAACAACCGAUUGGCUGAAAGUGAUAUGCAACAUCCGGGACUAGCAUUAGCUAUUCUAGCAUGGUGGUGGUAAACAGUGUUUCAUAAAGAAAGUAUUUUACAUAUUUUGCCCGUUUUUUUUAUCUCGCCUUCUCUCUAUUAAAUAGAGUUAAGGAGGAAAUUGACGCCUUUGCAGCUUGUAUAGCCGCCUGCAUGCAUUCCCUUUGGAUAGUAAGAUGAAAUGACUCAAUAUCGCACAUCAAUAUAUUAUAGGUGCUUCUACAUCUGCAUUGCUUGCUGUUUUGGGGUUUUAGGCUGGGUUUGUGACAUCUGCUGAUGUAAAAAGGGCUUUAUAAUUACAAUUUGAUUGAUUGAUUGAUAUGUACAUAUCUAGGCCUACUUCAAUUACCUCCUACCCCUGCACAUUGACUCAGUACCGCUACCCCGUGUAUAUAGCCAAGUUAUCGUUACUCAUCGUGUAUUUAUUAUUACUUUUAUUAUUACGUGUUAUUGCUUUUCUAUUAUUUCUCUAUUUUCUCUCUCCUUGCAUUGUUGAGAAGGACCCGUAAAAUAAGCAUUUCACUGUUAGUCUACACCUGUUGUUUACGAAGCAUGUGACGAAUACAAUUUGAUUUGAAACUCACGAUCUAUGGAAACGUUUUGGCAUUUACUUGGUAAAGUAAGAUACAGAAAUGAAACACAUCCUUCUGUGUUCUAGAAGCUAUAAUCUACUUCAUAGUGAUGCUGCAACAAACAAACAAAAAAAAAAAACAUUGGCUGGGCUGGGCCUUAGCAUGUAGGAAUGCUGUGUUUAUAUAGCCAGUCAUUGGCUGGGCUGGGCCUUAGCAUGUAGGAAUGCUGUGUUUAUAUAGCCAGUCAUUGGCUGGGCUGGGCCUUAUCCUAUAGGAAUGCUGUGUUUAUAUAGCCAGUCAUUGGCUGGGCUGGGCCUUAUCCUAUAGGAAUGCUGUGUUUAUAUAGCCAGUUCUUGGCUCAACGUGGUCUCAGAGCAUUUCGUAUUAUUCUGUACAUAAAUCCGAGACCCUCUAUUUAGUGGAGGUUACAUUUCAUAUGGUAGGCUAUGUAUUUAUUUCUGGAUGUCUAUCAUCCUUUCCGGAUGAUAUGUUAUGAAUUACAAGUCGUAUGAUAUGUUACAAAUUGUUAUUCGUAAAAUAUAUGUUACAAAUUGCAAUUUGUACAAUAUGUUACGAAUUUGCUAAAUGUUCAAACGGUACGAAUUUGCAAAACGCAUAAUAUGUUACGAAUUCAAAUUUGUUGUGGCUAAUGUUAGCUAGGUGGCUAAAGCUAACGUUAGCUAGAACUAGGGGUUAAGGUUAGGGGAAGCCAACACGGUAAGUACAGUUGAAGUCGGAAGUUUACAUACACCUUAGCCAAAUAUAUUUAAACUCAGUUUUUCACAAUUCCUGACAUUUAAUCCUAGUAAAAAUUCCCUGUUUUAGAUCAGUUAGGAUCACCACUUUAUUUUAAGAAUGUGAAAUGUCAGAAUAAUAGUAGAGAGAAUGAUUUAUUUCAGCUUUUAUUUCUUUCAUCACAUUCCCAGUGGGUCAGAAGUUUACAUACACCCAAUUAGUAUUUGCUAGCAUUGCCUUUAAAUUGUCUAACUUGGGUCAAACGUUUCGGGUAGCCUUGCACAAGCUUCCCACAAUAAAUUGGGUGAAUUUUGGCCCAUUCCUCCUGACAGAGCUGGUGUAACUGAGUCAGGUUUGUAGGCCUCCUUGCUCGCACACGCUUUUUCAGUUCUGCCCACAAAUUAGGAUUGAGGUCAGGGCUUUAUGAUGGCCACUCCAAUACCUUGACAUUGUUGUCCUUAAGCCAUUUUGCCACAACUUUGGAAGUAUGCUUGGGGUCAUUGUUCAUUUGGAAGACCCAUUUGCGACCAAGCUUUAACUUCCUGACUGAUGUCUUGAGAUGUUGCUUCAAUAUAUCCACAUCAUUUUCCUUCCUCAUGAUGCAGUCUAUUUUGUGAAGUGCACCAGUCCGUCCUGCAGCAAAGCACCCCCACAGCAUGAUGCUGCCACCCCCGUGCUUCACGGUUGGGAUGGUGUUCUUCGGCUUGCGAGCGUCCCCCUUUUUCCUCCAAACAUAACGAUGGUCAUUAUGGCCAAACAGUUCUAUUUUUGUUUCAUCAGACCAGAGGACAUUUCUCCAAAAAGUACGAUAUUUGUUCCCAUGUGCAGUUGCAAACCGUAGUCCGGCUUUUUAAUGGCGGUUUUGGAGCUGUGGCUUCUUCCUUGCUGAGUGGCCUUUCAGGUCAUGCCGAUAUAGGACUCGUUUUACUGUGGAUAUAGAUACAUUUGUACCUGUUUCCUCCAGCAUCUUCACAAGGUCCUUUGCUGUUGUUCUGGGAUUGAUUUGCACUUUUUGCACCAAAGUACGUUCAUCUCUAGGAGACAAUACGCGUCUCCUUCCUGAGCGGUAUGACGGCUGCGUGGUCCCAUGGUGUUUAUACUUGCGUACUAUUGUUUGUACAGAUGAACGUGGUACCUUCAGGAAUUUGGAAAUUUCUCCCAAGGAUGAACCAGACUUGUGGAGGUCUACAAUUUUAUUUCUGAGGUCUUGGCUGAUUUCUUUUGAUUUUCCUAUGAUGUCAAGCAAAGAGGCACUGAGUUUGAGGUAGGCCUUGAAAUACAUCCACAGGUACACCUUCAAUUGACUCAAAUGAUGUCAAUUAGCCUAUCAUAAGCUUCUAAAGCCAUGACAUCAUUUUCUGGAAUUUUUCAAGCUGUUUAAAGGCACAGUCAACUUAGUGUAUGUAAACUUCUGACCCACUGGAAUUGUGAUACAGUGAAUUAUAAGUGAAAUAAUCUGUCUGUAAACAAUUGUUGGAAAAAUUACUUGUGUCAUGCACAAAGUAGAUGUCCUAAUCGACUUGCCAAAACUAUUGUUUGUUAACAAGACAUUUGUGGAGUGGUUGAAAAACAAGUUUUAAUGACUCCAACCUAAGUGUACGUAAACUUCCGACUUCAACUGCAUAUACAUAGCAUUCACACUGAUAUAGGGGCUAGGCCUACUGUAAAUUACAUUAUGGCUGAGCAUGGACAUGCCAAACAUUGUCAAUAAGCAAGAUUACAUUUAUUAUUGAUAAGCUCUACAAAGAGAAAGAAUAAUUCUAAUCAAAUUCAAAACAAAAAAAACUGUAGGUGCAAAGUAGUAAGUAGUUGCUAAUUAGCUAAAAUGCUAAAGUUGUCUGUGAUGAGAUUUGAACACACAACCUUUGGCUUGCUAGACGUUCUCACUGGCUCAAUGUGUUAGGCUUGGCUCAACAGAUGGAGAUUGAUGAGGCCGCUAAUUUGCCUACAAGAGGAAUUCGUUCAGUGUGUAAAAUGAGUACCUAGGACAGUUGCAACUGUGGGAAAAUGAGGCCAAUGACUACAUGGCUAUAUGUUUGGAGAUUCUUGGCAGACGCAGACCAAAUGAACAGCCUUUAUUGAAUUAGACAAAUGAGACUGAGUGAAUGAGACUAGGCCUACUUGGAUAGAGUUAGAUACAUUACAAAGCAACUGGCACUUGUUAUUGGAUCUGACAUGGGUCUAUCUGACUGAGUUAAACCUAUGUGUAUUACAGUGCUAUUUCAGUGCUAUUUCAGUGCUAUUUCAGUGCUAUUUCAGUGCUAUUUCAGUGCUAUUACAAUGCUAUUUCAGUGCUAUUUCAGUGCUAUUACAAUGCUAUUUCAGUGCUAUUUCAGUGCUAUUUCAGUGCUAUUUCAGUGCUAUUUCAGUGCUAUUACACUGCUAUUUCAGUGCUAUUUCAGUGCUAUUUCAGUGCUAUUACAGUGCUAUUUCAGUGCUAUUUCAGUGCUAUUUCAGUGCUAUUUCAGUGCUAUUUCAGUGCUAUUUCAGUGCUAUUUCAGUGCUAUUUCAGUGCUAUUACACUGCUAUUUCAGUGCUAUUUCAGUGCUAUUUCAGUGCUAUUUCAGUGCUAUUUCAGUGCAUACUGUACAUCCGACUACAAGCAUAGGCCUAUGGAGAAUUUUUAAAAAUCUUGAUUAUUUAGCAUUUCAAGUCAGUUCUGAGAGGGGAACAGGAAUCCCAGUGCCCUAAACCGUUUCCUAUAUGUCUCUUAAUCUCAUCCCACUUGGCAAAAACUGGUUUAAUCAACUUUGCUUCUACGUCAUUUCAACAACAAAAAUCAAUUGAAUCGUUGAAUCAAUGUGGAAAACUAAUUGCAGGGGAAUUUCGUAUUUUUCCCCCACAUAACUUGUAACCUAAAUCCAAUUACACGGUGACAAGUUUUGUUGAUUUCACGUUGAAUUUGCUUUAGUUGAAAACUCAACCAAAUGUAAAUCAAAACUAGAGGUUGAACUGACGUCUGUGUCCAGUGGGGAUCUGUCUGGUAAACCUUGAAAAGUUUGUAGCCAAUGUCACCAUGCAGCCACGGUCUGUUUCCAUGCACGCUAGCCUCGUAUACACUCCUCUGUCACUGAUUGGCUAAAAGAGUGAAGGCAGGGUUGCUGAUUGGCUAAGAGAGUGAAGGCUGGGUCGCUGAUUGGCUAAGAGAGUGAAGGCAGGGUCGCUGAUUGGCUAAGAGAGUGAAGGCAGGGUCGCUGAUUGGCUAAGAGAGCGAAGGCAAGGCAGUAUAAUUGUACCUUAAAUGUACUUUUCGUUCCUUUCGGAAGCUUAUCCGACUUUAAGGUAAGAGCCAAGCAAAAUGGAAAAUAUAUUAUUCUCUGAGCAAUAAAUAGACAUUCAUUAAAUGUAUGACUAGCAUGUCCAUUUAGUGCAGCAGGUCUAGGGUAUGGGUUAUGCUGUAGUAGGCCUAACCAUGGAUUUCGCUUUGCUUCGUUUUUAGGUUGAAAGGAUACUUUGUCUCACUUGCGCUCAAUUUGAUAGUCCAAUAAAGCUAAUGGCCUUGGAAACAAUGUAGCAACUAGGAAAUUGCAUCAGCAAGUUGUUGAAAUUAAUUUGCGUUACAAUGUAACCAAAUGUAAUCUCUAUAGAAUGACAGAACUAAUGAUGAGUGCCUAAUUCUACGGAGCCCCUUAGAGGUCAUGGUGGAGCCAGCCUAAUCCGUUCCCUCUUUUCUUUUUUUAUCCAUUCACUCUGACUUGUAUGUAGGCUACCAUGAUGGUCCCACUUGGCCGAUAACAUACAGUACCAGUCAAAAAUGUGGACACACCUACUCAUUCAAUGGUUUUUCUUUAUUUGUACUAUUUUCUACAUUGUAGAAUAAUAGUGAAGACAUCAAAACGAUGAAAUAACACAUAUGGAAUCAUGUAGUAACCAGAAAAGUGUUAAACAAAUGAAAAUAUAUUUGAGAUUCUUCAAGGUAGCCACCCUUUGCCUUGAUGACAGCUUUGCACACUCUUGGCAUUCUCUCAACCAGCUUCACGUGGAAUGCUUUUCCAACAGUCUUGAAGGAGUUCCCACAAAUGCUGAGCACUUGUUGGCUGCUUUUCCUUCACUCUGUGGUCCAACUCAUCCCAAACCAUCUCAAUUGGGUUGAGGUCAGAUGAUUGUGGAGGCCAGGUCAUCUGAAGCAGCACUCCAUCACUCUCCUUCUUGGUCAAAUAGCCCUUACACAGCCUGGAGGUGUGUUGGGUCAUUGUCCUGUUGAAAAACAAAUGAUAGUCCCACUAAGCCCAAAGCAGAUGGGAUGGCGUAUCGCUGCAGAAUGCUGUGGUAGCCAUGCUGGUUAAGUGUGCCUUGAAUUCUAAAUAAAUCACUGACAGUGUCACCAGCAAAGCACCCCCACACCAUCACACCUACUUAAAUAUACUUAAAUCUAUGGCAAGACCUGAAAAUGGUUGUCUAGCAUUGAUCAACAACCAAUUUGACAGAGCUUGAAGAAUUUAAAAAAGGAUAAUGAGCAAAUAUUGCACAAUCCAGGAAUGGAAAGCUUUUAGAGACUUACCCAGAAUGACUCACAGCUGUAAUGGCUGCCAAAGCUGCUUCUACAAAAUAUUGACACAGGGGUGUGAAUACUUAUGUAAAUUAGAUAUUUCUGUAUUUCAUUUUCAAUCAAUUUGCAAUUUUUUUUUUACUUUGUCAUUCUGGGGUAUUGUGUGCAGAUGGGUGAGAAAAAAUAAAUAUUUAAUCAAUUUUUAAUUCAGGCUGUAACACAACAAAAUGUGGAAUAAGUCAAGGGGUGUGAACACUUUCUGAAGGCGCCGUAGGUAGCAGCCUGAAUCACACUGUGGCUUCGUCCCAAAUGGCACCCUAUUCCCUGAUAAGGCUCUGGUCAAAAGUAGUGCACUAGAUAGGGAAUAGCAGGGUGCCAUUUGGGACAAAGACUGUGGCGUAACUAAAUUAUGCCACGACUGCUGAGCAAGCACAGCGCUCGCUCUCUCAUUCCAAUCCUGCUAGAGGUCACAUUUUUUUCCACGUCUCUUUUCUCGGAAUCGUGUGAGUUCCCGGGCAUGUCCAGUGUUGGUUUUGGCACGGCAAACUCACAGUACUUAGUACAGUGUGUCUCUGUCAUGAGACACCGGUACUGCUGCUGAGUAAUUGGCACUUGGCCGUCCAAGGAUGACAACAUUCGAGGCCUCCUGUCCUGGGCCUGCAAAUCAGCGCAAGCGAAAGCUUGAUGGUGCAAUGUAUCUGAUUGAUGAUCCAAUAUGUCAAUGUUUUAAUUGUAUCUGUGGCUAGCAAAUAAAUGCAUUAUUAUAGGUAAUGUAUUUCCGAACCAUAAGUUUGAGUCUUUGACAACAAAAGCAUUCUACCUAUUUGUAAAGUAUUCAGGUGAGUGGGGUCCUUACACUGUCCUCGUCCUCCUCCUUUAGGUGACUGUGAAGAUGCCUGUUAUCAGAACACUCAGCAAGGUGGCUAAGCACGCCCUCCUGAGCUCAGGAUGUGGAUGUCAGCCAAUCACAGUGGCCGUACGGACCAUCAGCUUCUCGCCCCGCCAGGUCACCUCGGACGCCAGCUUCCACUCCGUGUCCUUCUCCGAGACAGACCAUCCCAAGGUGCUCAUCACAGGUAAGACCAAUCAAUGAAUCACUCAGUUAAGAGUUCCAGAGAGAUCACCUGGGGGAAGAAACAAAACGCAAUAGUAUCUCUUAUCAAUGAUCAGCUCUAACGACUGUCAAGCUAGCUGUAUUCUGUGGAGACGAACCUCUCAAUAACACAAUCUAUCUCUGAAGAAGCUUUGUCUAACUGAACAUUAACAAGGAUUCUCAAGCAACAGACAGCAUAGCUCUAUUUGUGGGAAGCCAACCUUAAUUACACAACCUCACAACCUAACACAAUAGGACCUCUAUCUAUGGUUUAUCUAAGCAAAGAAGCUUUGUCUAACUAAACCUAAACAAGACUCCCAAGCAACAGAUAGCUGUAUUUAUGAAGAGGUUGGUUUGUUGUGUGAAGGGAACAUCACAGUGUUUUACAACAGGACCAGAACAGAACAGCUAUAGGCAUGAAACCGAUAUAGCUUCUCUACACCUGAUGGAACCCUUUCCCACGGAACCCGUGUAUGUGGGUUGAACGAUAACGUCUCUGAGUCCCAAAAAUAAGUUUAACUUCCCCUUCUUCUCGUUUUAAACGGGGGAAAAAAGGAAAGGGGGGAAAGCGAGAGGGAGCAAAAGGGGGAAAAAGCUGAAAGAAGGGGGGAGCGAAAAGGGGGCCAAAAGGAAAAGGGGGGGAAGAGAAAAAUGGGAAAAAAAGGGGCGGGGAGGGGUAGAAAAAAAGAAAAGGGGAAAAGGAGAAAGGGGAAAGAAAAAAAAAAAAAAAAAAGAGAAAGGAAAAAACGAAAAAAAAAAAGGGGGCCAAAGGGGGAAAAAAAAGAAACAAAAGGGGGCCCCCUUCCCUUUUUCCCCAACCCCCCUUUUUUUCCCCCUUUUUUUUUCCCCCCUUUCCUUUUCUCUCUUGGUUCUUUCCCCCGCUCUCUCUCUCUCCUCUCUCUCUCUCUUUUCUCUCUCUCUCUCCUCUCUCUUGUCUAUCUCUCCUAUCUCUCCCUCCCCCUCUCUCUCUCUCUCUAUCUCAGGUGGCCUUGGAACAGUUGGGGGUAGGGCUGGCUAAAAGGUUGAGGUAAGACCACUACAGUGUCCUGUAAUAGAGUAUACUUGCCUUUCUACAGCGGUUGAUGUUUAACAGUAUAUACAUUCAUUUAGGAUCAUAUUUGGAUGCUUAUUAUUAGUACCUAAUCUAGGUCCCACUUAAAACAAACUACAACUUCAAAAUACUUUAUAUAGCAUACAUAAAGGCUUCAUAGCACUGUGGUAACCCAGUAAUCGUAGCCUUUACGAGGGAAUGUUUUAGUCAAGUUUCCUCUUCUUCUUCUUGUGUUUAAAUGUAACUUCCUGUUUCAUAGGAAGCGGUUUGGAAACAACAAUGUAAUCCUGUCAGAUAUCAGGAAGCCUCCAAGCCAUGUUUUCCACAGCGGUGAGUGAUACACAACAUGUCAACACAAUAUACCCUCUCAGACCUGCUACACACAACAUGUCAACACAAUAUACCCUCUCAGACAUUAAUACACAGGGCCGUAUGUUUCAAGGGUCUCAGAGUAGGAGUGCUGAUUCAGGAUCAGUUUAGCCUUUUAGAUCACAGUGAAUAACUAAGACUACAUAUAAUGAAUCAGACUACAUGGACAUGGAGGGACCUGAUCCUGGAUCAGCACACUUAAACCCUUAGAGGAUUACUCCAUGAGGUGAGACUACAGGCACACAAUGGCAGUGUGUUGAAGUAGGAUGGUGGAGCCGCCUGGUUUACUGCUGAGCUACUGAAGUAGACUGGGGUAUCUAUCUACCGAUUUGGCUGUAUUUGCAUCACACUGGGUUGACGUCAGACUAGGUUGUUCUAGGUUGUUCAUUCACCAGACUAUGUAAAUAUUCUGUUGGCGUGUUGAUCAACUCACAAGCCAGCGGCUAAAUUACGUCAUUACUAGGGCUGUUGCGGGUGACCGUAUUACCGCCACACCGGCGGUCACGAGUCAUGAAGGCGGUCAAAUUCCACGUGACCAUUUAGUCAAUAACUAGGCUUCUCCAAGCUCUGAUGCUGCUGAUGGUCAUUAGUAGCCUACCAAACUUGCUAACUGCCUGGUACUCAGCACUCUAUUGUCCUUCUAAUCACUCUGACAUCAAUGCAAAUGUCUUCGAAAGUCUAAUCAAACACUAUAUGAGAGCCCAUGAGCUCAUGUUGCGCAACAUUUCUAUAGGCUAUGCAAUAGUGUGAGAAAACAGAGUGAUGGCCUCUAUUAAAAAGAGGAGGAUCCCAUCAGCUUUCUAUAGGCUAGACCUACUAUAUUUAUUUCUCAACUUUCCUAAUAUUAAGCACAUUGCUUCUCUUUACAACAGGAGUAUAGCCUACCUGCCAGCCUACCUGGCUGGCAUGAAAAUGAACCACAGGAAAAGCGUCCUCCAUUCGCUAUUUAAGUGCAUAGAUGGCAUGUAUUUUUUCCCCCUGCCCCUGUUUCGAUACAGGUGCAUGAUAAUGGUCCAUUCUAAAUCAAAACAAAUUUCACUCAUAUAUUAUUUAGUAAAUGUAAAGAUUAAAUCAAGAAUAGUCUGAUGGGUGACAAUGUUAGCCUAUCACCUCUGAAUGAUAUAUUAUCACUUGUGAAUGAUGCCCAGCAUAAGUCAAGAAACAAUGUCUUUUUUUGUGACUUUUUCUAAAUCAUAGUCGCACACCUCAUGUAGCCUAGCCCAUAGGCUUGUAUGUUUUGAUAAUGUUUGUAUCACAACUAAAGUGGCCAAAUAACUGCUUAAAAUGAAGCACGUUAAUCCGCUUUACAACGGGGUGUAGAGCCUAACUGGCAUACAUAAGCAGCGGGUGAGUUUCAAGUUUGGGGAAGAUAAUUUUCACCAUAAAAAAUGCACCUUUAUAAUAAAAGCAUUACAUGCAUACUUGCAUUUGUGGUGACUUUUGAUAAUGGUGUUUUCAGCUAAUGGAACAUUUGCGCUUAUAGCUGUCACGUCUCCUCCCGUUGCUCCCCUCCGGUGCUCUGAUUCGCCACCUCGGCAACACCGGAAUGGAAACCCAACGCACCCUAAUCACUUCCAGCGCACCUGCACCUCAUCAUCUCAUCACCACCCCUAUAUAGCCCUGGACUGUUCAGUGUAGUGUAGUGUAGUGUAGUGUAGUGUAGUGUAGUGUAGUGUAGUGUAGUGUAGUGUAGUGUAGUGUAGUGUAGUGUAGUGUAGUGUAGUGUAGUGUAGUGUAGUGUUGUGUGUGAUUGUUAGUGUCAUGUCGUGUACUCGCUCUUUGUUGUUCUCUUGCUCAGUGUUAAGUAAACCUUUACAUUGUUGAUUCCUGCAUUUGCAUCCUGCCUCUUCGUAUCCUCAGUACUCGUCACAAUAGCUUACUACCAUUUGCGCAUUGCUUCACUUAUAUUGUGAAGAAAUAGCCUAAUAGUUUAUCAACAUUUUAAGCUAAACGUUCUGAUCUGUUGCAUCAGCCUCAUUGCAUAAAAAAAGGUUUUUUGAUGCUAGUGGUUGUAUUAAUUUGAGAUCUUUCACAUCCCACAACUGUCCCUGACUAUGUUUGGAAUAUUUAUUUCUCGCACAGAAUAGAAUAGGUCGACUGUUGUACUAUGGGGGAUAGUAGAUUGACAUAGGCUAGUGCUUUUGCUGUUCGUUAGGCCAACUCAUCUUGUUGACUGACGAAAAGUAAAUGUGGACAGUUCUUCCAAUAUCUUCAAUAUGCACCUCGGAAUUGGAUAAGGACGCACGCAGUUGCUUCCCCGAUGUGUCUGUCUUCACUUGUAGCCUGUGAGAAAGACCCGAUCACGUGAUGUAGCGUGCAGAACUCAGGGAGAGGGGCACAAAGGCAUAGAUGUUUUUUUGUUUUUUUAUGACCACACAAAUGCCGCCGUGAAAUUCUAGGAUUUAUCAAGUGCUUGUCAAAUUGACAAGUCGCAUCAUGCAGCCUUACAAUGUAUUAAAAAUCAAAACAUAUAGCCCAACGUUUGUAGAACAACUAAAGUUACAUUAAUAACUCUAAAUUAAGCAUAUAGGAGGACCUAUUUCUUUGUUAACUUCUACGGGAUCGGUGUCCCGUAUACGGGACGGUUGAGCAAACGUGCGCUAAUGUGAUUAGCAUUACUGUUGUAAGUAUCAGCAAACCUUCCAGGACAUAGACGUGUCUUAUAUGGGCAGAAAGCUUAAAUUCUUGUUAAUCUAACUGCACUGUCCAAUUUACAGUAGCUAUUACAGUGACAAAAUACCAUGCUAUUGUUUGAGGAGAGUGCACAACAACAAGAAACGUAUCACGGCAACUGGUUUGAUACAUUCAUCUCUGAAGCUAAAUAAUGUACUUACAUUCAGUAAUCUUGCUCUGAUUUGUCAUCCUGAGGGUCCCAGAGAUAAAAAUGUAUCAUUGUUUUGUUUGAUAUAAUCAAUUUUUAUAUUCAAAUGUAGGAACUGGGUUCUACAGUUUGAACCCCUGCUGUCUCUGGCUCCACACCCACCCCACCUGGCCAUCUAAAUGUGUGAAAGUUAGUGUAUAAGCUAAUGAUCCAUCAUGUAUGACAUUCCUGGGAGUGUGUAAACUUACAUUAUGUAUUACCAUAUCAUUUUUGUAUGUUCUCUAUAGCUAUGUACUUGAAAAUGUAUCAAUUGACCAAUUCGGCACAUUUGGGCAGACUUGAUACAAAAUAGUCCAGUAUUGCAAUGCUUCACUGGAUCAAUCUAAAAACUUUGCACACACACUGCUGUCAUCUAGUGGCCAAAAUCUAAAUUGCGCCUAAACUGCAAUAUUAUAUUGUGGCCUUUCUCUUGCAUUUCAAAGAGGAUGGAACAAUAUUUUUUUUUGAAAAUUCUUGUAUGCUAAAUGAACUAGUGCAGCCCACAGCCAUAUGGCUUAGCCAGAUCAGGACCUAAUAUAAGGACAACUCAGAGUACGCUAUUCUGUUCUUCUGAAAUAGACUACAUUUUCUUCAUAUCAUGCUUCUUUAGACCUGUCUAAAAUAAAUAAUGGAUUUAUUGUGACGGUGUAGGCUAUAUUACAUGGAUUUAUUAGACUUUUUUAAAUGUAGAUGUUCCAAAAGGUCUGCAUCAGUGGCUUGUAGGCUAUGAGUGGAAGCCAGGAGAUGCUAAAUAUGUUUAUGUUAAUUAACGGUCAAUUACCGUGAGACCGACAGUUAUUUGCUUGACAAUCACCGGCUGACUAAAUUUCGGGACCGCCACAGCCCUAGUUGUUACAACCAGGAAGGAAGCCUUAACCUGAUUCCUGUUUGGCUAACAUUACAUUUAUUAAUUCAUUCAUUCGGGAGAAUGUAAACUUGUCCAUAAUUUGCUUUAAAAUGUUUGAAUGUUUAAUAGAAAAGACAUCUGGAAUGUCCGUAGUUAAAAUAGGGAAUGAUUUGGUUAGUUGUGAUAUUGAUCCUUGUGAAAAGCUUCUUGCACAGAAGGUCAUCAGGAAGUUCAUGUGUUUUGAACAGUUCAAAUCAAAUCAAAUCAAAUUUUAUUUGUCACAUACACGUGUUUAGCAGAUGUUAUAGCGGGUGUAGCGAAAUGCUUGUGCUUCUAGCUCCAGCAGUGCAGUAAUAUCUAACAAGUAAUAUCUAACAAUUUCACAACAUAUACCCAAUACACACAAAACUAGUAAGGAAUGGGAUUUAAGAAUAUAUACAUAUAUGGACAAGCAAUGACAGAGCGGCAUGGACUAAGAUACAGUAGAAUAUUAUAGAAUAGAAUACAGUAUAUACAUAUGAGAUGAGUAGUGCAAGAUAUGUAAACAUUAUUAAAGUGACUAGUGUUCCAUUUCUUAAAGUGGCCAGUGAUUUCAAUAGGCAGCAGCAGCCUCUAAUGUGCUAGUGAUGGCUGUUUAACAGUCUGAUGGCCUUGAGAUAGAAGCUGUUUUUCAUUCUCUCGGUCCCAGCUUUGAGGCGCCUGUACUGACCUCACCUUCUGGAUGAUAGCGGGGGUGAACAGGCAGUGGCUCGGGUGGUUGAUGUCCUUGAUGAUCUUUUUGGCCUUCCUGUGACGUCGGGUGCUGUAUGUGUCUUGGAGGGCGGGUAGUUGGAGGUCACUGUCCAAUAGGCUUGGGCGAUAUACCGUUUAUACCGAAUACAGUUGCCCCCUAUUUCGAAAUACCGACAGUAUGAAUUUCAAUACCGUUAAAAUUGUAUAUAUAUAUAUUUUUUUUGGGGGGGGGGGUUUGGGGCAUCCCCGCCACCCGGGGGCUGUGUGGUACUCCACUGCUUAUAACUAACUAUAAGUUAAGUAUAACUAUAAAAAAUGUAAGAUGUGUCAAAUAUAUGACAUCCAGCUCAUGGUUCCAGCGAUGCGUUUGGUUUGCUAACUUGCUAGCUACAGUAAGUGGCUAGAUGUCAAGAUCCAGCUUAUUGGUUACAGCAGAGACAAUCAAUCCCCUCCUUAAUCAAGAUCCCUGUUGCCUAAAUUGUUUUGUGCGUAAAAAAAAAAAGGAAUAGAUUUUUUAUAGCACAGGUAAGACUGUAUAUCCCAGUAUGGUUCAGAAACAGUAUGACGGUAUGAACAUCUGGAUAAACCCUACUGUGAUUGGCUGGUCAAUAACCUGUAAUGAACUGUCUACUACAAUGCCUGAUGAAUGGUGAUUGGCUGGUCAAAACUGUGUACUACAAUGCCUGAUGAAUGGUGAUUGGCUGGUCAAAAUUGUCUACUACAACGCCUGAUGAAUGGUGAUUGGCUGGUCAAAACUGUGUACUACAAUGCCUGAUGAAUGGUGAUUGGCUGGUCAAAACUGUGUACUACAAUGCCUGAUGAAUGGUGAUUGGCUGGUCAAAACUGUGUACUACAACGCUUGAUGAAUGGUUAGUCAAUAACCUGUAAUGAACUGUCUGCUACAAUCACUGAUGCAGGGCCAGCUAAUACUAAGUCUAUAGGAAUUGUCCAGGGCACUGUUUAACCAACCGUUAUCAAGAGUACUAUUAGUGAUUCUCAUCCAAAAUCCAGAAGACAUUACAAUUAUACUAGGAGCUUUUACAUUUACAUUUCAGUCAUUUAGCAGACGCUCUUAUCCAGAGCGACUUACAGUUAGUGAGUGCAUACAUUAUUUGUUUAUACUGGCCCCCUGUGGGAAUCGAACCCACAACCCUGGCGUUGCAAACGCCAUGCUCUACCAACUGAGCUACAUCCCUGCCGGUCGUUCCCUCCCCUACCCUGGAUGACUUGUGCGCCGCCCCAUGGGUCUCCCGGUCGCGGCCGGCUACGACAGAGCCUGGAUUUGAACCAGGAUCUCUAGUGGCACAGCUAGCACUGCGAUGCAGUGCCUUAGACCACUGCACCACUCAGGGAGACUCUCUUUUAGUGAGAAAAUUUGUUUUAUAUUGAUGUUUAUUAUUUCUAUGGUGCCUCCUGUUUCUCCUCAGGACCCUUCAUCUACUCGGACAUCCUGGACUAUAAGAACCUGCGUGAGAUCGUGGUGAACAACCGUAUCACCUGGUUGGUCCAUUACAGCGCCCUGCUCAGUGCCGUGGGAGAGGCCAACGUAGCUCUGGCACGCGACGUCAACAUCACUGGUGAGCAAUGGAGAAACCACCAUCUUGGCUCAGCCUAGAUCCUUGCCACGCCACAAUUUCCUUGUAACUUCCAUCCCAGGCUUAACCUAGAUACACCAACACAGCACAGUUUCCUGCUAAUCAAGCAUGGGAGGUGCCCAGAGAGAGUAACUGUGAACUUCCUGUUCCUCAGGGCUCCACAACAUCCUGGACAUUGCAGCGGAGCACGGCCUGCGUCUGUUCGUCCCCAGCACCAUCGGAGCCUUCGGACCCACCUCGCCCCGGAACCCGACCCCUGACCUCUGUGUCCAGAGACCCAGGACCAUCUACGGAGUGUCCAAGGUCCACGCAGAGCUCAUGGGAGAGGUGAGAUAAAAACGCAAUACAGAAUACAGAAGAAAUUACCAAUCAGCAUUCAGCCUCAAGCCAUUCUACCUUAUUCCAGAACCAGAAUCACCUUUAUUUCCCAACAACAUUUACAUGUACCAGGAAUUUGACCUGGUGAAUUUGACCUGGUGAAUUUGACCCCUUCAGUCAUUUGAAAUCAUUGGUCGUUAAUGUCCCUAUAAGUGAAACAUCUAACCCUUAUUGCCUGUCUUCCCUCCAACAGUACUACCACCACCGCUACGGCCUUGACUUCCGCUGCCUCCGCUACCCAGGCAUCAUCUCUGCCGACUCACAGCCUGGCGGAGGAACGACAGGUGAGUUAGAGAGACACACACCUGUCCUCCCUCCCACACACACGCCAUAGCGGAACACCAGGCUCCUCACUGUCGUAACUCUAUUUGAGUACAGCCUCCUGACUUCAACGUGCCGUUGACUUCAACGUGCCCUCCAUUUGGCAAAUCUGACCAUAACUCUAUCCUCCUGAUUCCUGCUUAUAAGCAAAAACUAAAGCAGGAAGCACCAGUGACUUGGUUAAUAAAAAAGUGCUCAGAUGACGCAGAUGCUAAGCUACAGGACUGUUUUGCUAGCACAGACUGGAACAUGUUCCGGGAUUCUUCAGAUAACAUUGAGGAGUACACCACAUCAGUCACUGGCUUCAUCAAUAAGUGCAUCGAUGAUGUCGUCCCCACAGUGCCCGUACGUACAUACCCCAACCAGAAGCCAUGGAUUACAGGAAACAUCCGCACUGAGCUAAAGGGUAGAGCUGCCGCUUUCAAGGAGCGGGACUCUAACCCGGACACUUAUAAGAAAUCCCGCUAUGCCCUCCGACGAACCAUCAAACAGGCAAAGAGUCAAUACAGGACUAAGAUUGAAUCGUACUACACCGGCUCUGACGCUCGUCGGAUGUGGCAGGGCUUGAAAACUAUUACAGACUACAAAGGAAAGCACAGCCGCGAGCUGCCCAGUGACACAAGCAUACCAGACGAGCUAAACCACUUCUAUGCUCGCUUCGAGGCAAGCAACACUGAAGCAUGCAUGAGAGCACCAGCUGUUCCGGAUGACUAUGUGAUCACGCUCUCCGUAGCCGAUGUGAGUAAGACUUUUAAGCAGGUCAACAUUCACAAGGCCACAGGGCCAGACGGAUUACCAGGACGUGUACUCCGAGCAUGUGCUGACCAACUGGCAAGUGUCUUCACUGACAUUUUCAACAUGUCCCUGACUGAGUCUGUAAUACCAACAUGUUUCAACACUCAGACAUCAUUUACAGAUAGCCAGGGGCACACUCCAACACUCAGACAUCAUUUACAGAUAGCCAGAGGCACACUCCAACACUCAGACAUCAUUUACAGAUAGCCAGGGGCACACUCCAACACUCAGACAUCAUUUACAGAUAGCCAGGGGCACACUCCAACACUCAGACAUCAUUUACAGAUAGCCAGGGGCACACUCCAACACUCAGACAUCAUUUACAGUAGCCAGGGGCACACUCCAACACUCAGACAUCAUUUACAGAUAGCCAGGGGCACACUCCAACACUCAGACAUCAUUUACAGAUAGCCAGGGGCACACUCCAACACUCAGACAUCAUUUACAGAUAGCCAGGGGCACACUCCAACACUCAGACAUCAUUUACAGAUAGCCAGGGUCACACUCCAACACUCAGACAUCAUUUACAGAUAGCCAGGGGCACACUCCAACACUCAGACAUCAUUUACAGAUAGCCAGGGGCACACUCCAACACACAGACAUCAUUUACAGAUAGCCAGGGGCACACUCCAACACUCAGACAUCAUUUACAAAUGAAGCGUUUGUGUUUAGUGAGUCAGAUGCAGUAGGGAUGACCAGGGAUGUUCUCUUGAUAAGUGUGUGAAUUGGACCAUUUUCCUGUCAAAAUGUAACGAGUACUUUUGGGUGUCAGGGAAAAUGUAUGGAGUAAAAAGUACAUUAUUUUAUUUAGGAAUGUAGUGAAGUAAAAGUAAAAGUUGGCCAAAAUAUAAAUAGUAAAGUAAAGUACAGAUACCCAAAAACACUACUUAAGUAGUACUUUAAAGUAUUUUUACUUAAGUGCUUUACACCACUGCUUAUAGGAACACUUAUUUCAUUCCAUGCAUCAACCAGCUACAGUGGGGGAAAAAAGUAUUUAGUCAGCCACCAAUUGUGCAAGUUCUCCCACUUAAAAAGAUGAGAGAGGCCUGUAAUUUUCAUCAUAGGUACAUGUCAACUAUGACAGACAAAUUGAGGAAAAAAAAUUAAGCAAAUCACAUUGUAGGAUUUUUUAUGAAUUUAUUUGCAAAUUAUGGUGGAAAAUAAGUAUUUGGUCACCUACAAACAAGCAAGAUUUCUGGCUCUCACAGACCUGUAACUUCUUCUUUAAGAGGCUCCUCUGUCCUCCACUCGUUACCUGUAUUAAUGGCACCUGUUUGAACUUGUUAUCAGUAUAAAAGACACCUGUCCACAACCUCAAACAGUCACACUCCAAACUCCACUAUGGCCAAGACCAAAGAGCUGUCAAAGGACACCAGAAACAAAAUUGUAGACCUGCACCAUGCUGGGAAGACUGAAUCUGCAAUAGGUAAGCAGCUUGGUUUGAAGAAAUCAACUGUGGGAGCAAUUAUUAGGAAAUGGAAGACAUACAAGACCACUGAUAAUCUCCCUCGAUCUGGGGCUCCACGCAAGAUCUCACCCCGUGGGGUCAAAAUGAUCACAAGAACGGUGAGCAAAAAUCCCAGAACCACACGGGGGGACCUAGUGAAUGACUGCAGAGAGCUGGGACCAAAGUAACAAAGCCUACCAUCAGUAACACACUACGCCACCAGGGACUCAAAUCCUGCAGUGCCAGACGUGUCCCCCUGCUUAAGCCAGUACAUGUCCAGGCCCGUCUGAAGUUUGCUAGAGUGCAUUUGGAUGAUCCAGAAGAGGAUUGGGAGAAUGUCAUAUGGUCAGAUGAACCUUUUGGUAAAAACUCAACUCGUCGUGUUUGGAGGACAAAGAAUGCUGAGUUGCAUCCAAAGAACACCAUACCUACUGUGAAGCAUGGGGGUGGAAACAGCAUGCUUUGGGGCUGUUUUUCUGCAAAGGGACCAGGACGACUGAUCCGUGUAAAGGAAAGAAUGAAUGGGGCCAUGUAUCGUGAGAUUUUGAGUGAAAACCUCCUUCCAUCAGCAAGGGCAUUGAAGAUGAAACGUGGCUGUGUCUUUCAGCAUGACAAUGAUCCCAAACACACCGCCCGGGCAACGAAGGAGUGGCUUCGUAAGAAGCAUUUCAAGGUCCUGGAGUGGCCUAGCCAGUCUCCAGAUCUCAACCCCAUAGAAAUUAUUUGGAGGGAGUUGAAAGUCUGUGUUGCCCAGCGACAGCCCCAAAACAUCACUGCUCUAGAGGAGAUCUGCAUGGAGGAAUGGGCCAAAAUACCAGCAACAGUGUGUGAAAACCUUGUGAAGACUUACAGAAAAUGUUUGACCUGUGUCAUUGUCAACAAAGGGUAUAUAACAAAGGAUUGAGAAACUUGUUAUUGACCAAAUACUUAUUUUCCACCAUAGUUUGCAAAUAAAUUCAUAAAAAAUCCUACAAUGUGAUUUUCAGGAAAAAAAAAUCUCAUUUUGUCUGUCAUAGUUGACGUGUACCUAUGAUGAAAAUUACAGGCCUCUCUCAUGUUUUUAAGUGGGAGAACUUGCUCAAUUGGUGGCUGACUAAAUACUUUUUUUCCCCCACUGUAUGUGGAGCUGGCUCUCGCUGCGCAACAGAUGAUCUUAUUCCGCUCAAACUCUGAAUGUCAGGGCUCUUAUGAAGUGUUCAAUUAGAUUUUUCGAUUGCAUUAACAUUGAUGUCACAGUGAUUAGAGGGACAAUAGAGCUCUGAGUACCAGGCCAUUUGCGAUUGGCCGUUAGCAAGUUUGGUAGGCUACCAAUGACCAUCAGCGGCAUCAGAGCGCAGUUUUGGAGAAGCCUAGUUACCAUGGAAUUUAACUCGUGACCGCCGGUGUUGUGGUAAUAUGGUCACGGCAAAACAGCCCUAUCUCAGUUUGCAUAAAUAGAUCGAAAGUCAUCAAUCACUAUGAUCAAACCAAACCUAUCUAAACCUCUCCUCCCCUCCUCCCUUACUCCAGACUACGCAGGUAGCCAUAUUCCAUGAUGCCGUCAAGACGGGGAAGUUUGAGUGCAACCUGAAGCCAGACACGCGGCUUCCCAUGAUGUACAUCGACGACUGUCUGCGUGCCACCGUGGAGAUGAUGGAAGCGCCCACAGACACCCUCUCCAUGAGGACCUACAACAUCAACGCUAUGAGCUUUACCCCUGAAGAGCUGGCUCACGAGGUCCAGAAACAGCUGCCGGACCUGGAGGUCACCUACGACAUCGACCAAGUCAGACAGGCCAUCGGUAAGAGCAUUUUAUUGAUCCUUGUUUUAUACUGGUUGGGUGAAAUUUCAGAAGUCCUGAAAACCCAGUCGGAGGAUUCCCUUCCUGCCCAUUCUCUUCUGAUUCUGGCAAUCAUCCAACCGGGAUUUCUGGGAAAGCUGGGAAUUCUGGGAAGGUUACCCUAAUACUGGUGUGUGAUACCGUUGAGAUCAAAGAUCGAUGAUCGAGGUAAACCUGUCUGAAUGCGCCACUGAAGGCUCUUUUCGAGAUUCUCUUGAACUUCCAAGCAUUUAUAUUUGAGUUGAAUGUAGAAACUAACAACAAAAGUCUCACGUGACAAUUUGACUAACUCUUUUACAGUCUUUCGUUUAAGAAGACAUUAUAAUACAUUUGUCAUAGUAUGAAAAUGAAAAAUGUAUGCACUCACUAACUGUAAUUCGCUCUGGAUAAGAGCGUCUGCUAAAUGACUCUUACCCAGAGCGACUUACAGUUAGUGCAUUCUUAAGGUAGCUAAGUGAGACAGACAACCACAUAUAGCUAUCAGCAAAGUCCGUGCUAGUAAGAAAAUACAAAAGCCAUUGUCAUUGUGAACCAACAGAACGGAGCGUUGACGACGUCUCCUCUUCUCUUCCUUCCCCUUUACAGCCGACAGCUGGCCGAUGAACUUUGAGGACUCUAACGCGCGGAACGACUGGGGCUGGAAACACGACUAUGACCUCCCGGAGCUCGUCCAGACCAUGCUCAACUACAUCGGCUCGGACUCGCGCGUCGCACAGGCCAACUGAGGGGCCAGCGGCGACGUGGUGCUUGAGUGGCGUUGUUGUUUCUUUGUACUGUUGUUAUAGAGGACGGAGACACGUGGUUUUCUCUCUCUCUCUCUCUCUCUCUCUCCUCUCUGUGUCAUUUGGAAGGGCUGUCUGUCUGUCUCUGUCUGUCUGUCUCUGUCUG